AUGAAUCAACACUUUAUUAAAUAUUUUUGUUCUAGAAAAAUAAUAAGGAAAAAAUUAUAUAAUUUUUGCGAUGAACAAAAUUAUAUAAAUAAUUUAAUUAAAAUAUAUAUAUACAAUAACUUAGAAUCAAAAAUAUAUAAUAAAAAAUAUAAUGAAAACAUAAACAGAUAUGUUGGUCAAAUAAUAAAUCAUUUAAAAGUUAACAAAGACAAUUCUAACAUUUUAUUUUCUUUACAAACUAUUUUGGAUAUAUUUUUUUUUAAUUAUUUUAAUUUUAAUAAUAAUUAUAAAAUACUUUUUCUUUACAAUAUACUGAAAAUUAAUAAUGAAAAAUAUUUUUAUUUAAAAGAAAGAACUGAAAGAAAAAAGGAAAUUUUAAAUAACUUAUGUAAAAUAAUAUUAAAAUAUAAUUUAAACUAUGUUUAUAAAGUAAAAUACCAAUAUAUAAAUUUUUUUUUUCAAUUAAAUAAAGAUAGAAAUAGAUAUUUCCCUGAAGAAAAAAAAUAUUUAAAUUAUUCAAUUGUUCCUCUUUUUAACAAAACAUUUAUAGAAGAUUUAAUAAGCAAUGCACAAAACAUAAAAGAUCUAUGUAUUAUUAUUUUUAUAACAAAAAAUAUCCUUUCUAUACAUAAAUUUGAUUAUAGCAGAAUAUUAGACCAAGUGUUAAGACAAUUUUAUAUAUAUAUAAAGAGAAUAUCUCUAUAUAAUAAUAUUAAUUCAAAUAAUUGUGUAAUAUCAUUGAAUGAUAAAAAUAUAUUACAAGGAAAUAAAAACAUAAAAUUACGAGAUAUCAUAUAUAUUAUUUAUCAAGUUAUAUUUCUUAAAAACAGUGUUAAAAACCAUUUUCUCUUUUUCAAAAUACUUGAUAAAGUUAAUUAUAUUUAUAUGCAUAAUAAUGUAAAAAGUAAUAAUUUUAAUUUGAAAAAUUUAUAUUUAUCAAAUAAAGACAUUGAACAAUUACUCUUUUUAUUUAAUAAGAGUUUCUAUUUUAAAUUUUAUUUUAUUCCAAUUUUAAUAAAUCAAUUUUCUUUGAGGCUGUUUUCCCAGAAUCCCUCAAUUAAUUUUAUGUAUAAAUUAUUUAAACAAGUUUAUAAAAACAAUAAUAUUUUAUUUCCCAUCGAUUUUUGUGAUGCUACAUAUUUAGAAUUUUUAAGAAAAACAGAUUCUAAUAAUUCCCUCCAGACAUUUUUCCAAGCUUUAUGUAUUAAAUAUUUGUUAAAAAAAAAAGUAUUUAAUGAAGAAUCAAAGUAUUUUUGCAUCUAUUUAAGUAAGAACAAAUUUCCUUGUAUAAACUAUUUUAUCUUUUUUAAAAAUACAAUAAAUAAAAUAAUUUUUCAUUCUUUUAAUCUUUUUAUAUCAAAAUUGAAACAAAAACAUAUAUGUAUAAAAAAAAAGGCCAACACUUUUUUUCAAAAAUAUUCAGAUAACUAUAUUUAUGAUUUUUCAAAAAGUAAGUAUUUUUAUUUAAUUUAUAUUAAAAGAAUUAUUAAAAAAGAUAAAUAUAUGAAAAACAAAUAUAUUUUAAGAAAAAAAAAAAAGAAAAAAUUAAAGUAA